GAGCUCGUGCAAACCGAACAUGUUGUCAGCGCCACCGGAGUGACCGACACCAAGCGGGACUUGUGUUAGAUCACCGUUCAGCACCCACACAGCAGCUGCUCCUUAUUAACGGGAGCACUCCGGGUCUCUGGAAUUAUAAAUACGAUCUCCGGGAUAAAAGUCUCAGAAGAGCGAUUCUGAAUGAGCGACGGCGCGCGUUCACGUGACGCGCGAGGAUCCUGUGCGCGCGACUGGUGUAACGGCGGCGGCGGCGGCGCUUCAACACUCUACGCCGGUCCACCACGAGCGCCGGUCAGAGUAAAAGGCACUUGACGCAACAUCAACGGAGGAGGCGCACUCAAGCCAUUCCAACUUUUCUUCUCUCCUAUUCCCAGGACUAAGAGGAUCCACAGCGGUCCUGCAUCAUGCCUCGCUCCCGGCGUCUCUGAUCCAUUUCCACAUCGUAGUAUGAGAGAACCAUGAGCACUGUGGAGGAAGAACCGGAUCACAUGAUACCAUGAAGAGAAGCCUGCAGGUCCUGCCUAACCAGCUGCUGAGCAUUCUUCUUAUCCUGUCAGUACCAGAGAAGCUGGUAUCCUUUGCACAGGUGCUCUCCCCCAGCUGGACACCACGGAGCCUUGUCUCUAUGUUACAUUCAUCAAGCCCACCUGGCUGGUGGAAGGGGUCUAGUACUGGUGACCAGCCCAUUUUCAGAGGUCGCAAUGCACCAAUAUCUACUCUGGCAUUCCUAAUGCCUCACCUGGAUCACACCACCACAGUUAAGACUAACUUUGUCCCAAGUCCAAUGCCAAGUAUUGAAUUAAGAGAAAAUCCCUACAGAACUGGGUUCCAGAAGGCUGUUAGACCUAAUUCUAACGGAAACAGCCCCAGAUCUAUCAUUGCACCCUCCAUGGUGUGGAAUUCCAGUGCUAUUUCUCAGAACCUAUCCAUAAAGACUUCAGUUAUCAGUAGGCGGCCACGAAGCAGGAUGAACCAAAAUGGGUCGGUCAGUAGAAAGCAGAAGGUAUCUAUGGAGUCAGACUCUCAUGUGGCCUCUGCUGCUGAGCAUUCCCAACGAAGGUCCAUAAAUGUUUUGAAGCAAGUAAGGUCCAUUGAUAACACCCAAGUGAUGAGUGUUGAAGAGCUAACCACCCCCACUUACCCUUACUCUUCAAUGAUGUCAUUGUUAUUAUCCAUCCCUCCUAUGCCACUGGAGAAAAGCUUCAGGCAGCACGUUCAUGCCAUCAAACAGCGUAGUGCUGCCACUCUUUCUGAAAAGAAUACUCAGUAUACUGAGUCACAAUCGCAGACACCUGAUCAGACCACACAUUUUCCUCUGAAAGCAACCGAGUACUCGAAAACAAAUAAAGUUACCUACCCUACAGAGUUUGCCAGCCUUCUUAUGAACAGCAGCUCAGCAAAAACAUUAGGUGGCACAAAUACUCCUGCUUACAUAACCAGUGAUGCUUUCUUCCUCAAGAGUAGUGUGACAGAUACAAGCACUCGCUCCAAUGAUGGAAAUUUAGGUACAUUGUUGAAUAAUUCUCCACUGAGAAAUGAUUCAAGUGUGAGUAGAAUGCCUACGACCCCACGAGGGACCAUGGGCUCAGGGAACCAAUCGGGCCCUGAUCUUGAUUCAGACAAUAACCGUGCCACCAUUUGCCUGACCAAAAUGGACAUUGUAUGGGUGGUGCUUGCCAUCAGUGUGCCUGUAUCCUCCUGCUCUGUUCUGCUGACAGUGUGCUGCAUGAGAAAGAAGAAAAAGUCAACCAGCCAUGAGAACAACCUUAGCUAUUGGAACAACACCAUCACCAUGGAUUACUUCAAUCGGCAUGCUGUGGAGCUCCCUCGUGAGAUACUGCCACUGGAAACUGUUGAUGAGCGGGAGACAUGCCUACCCCCUAAUGGUGACUACAGCGACAGUGGUGUUGUGCUGGUUAACCCUUUUUGCCAAGAGACUCUCUUCAUCAACAGAGACAAGGCCUCUGACAUCUGAGCAUGUCACCAUUAUCACAGCUUGUCUGUUUCUUUUCUCUUUCCCAAAGGUUUUUUUUUUAUAUAUAUAAUUUGGUGGAUCUUCAGAGACAGAGCUUAUAUAUAUAUAUAUAUAGAUAUAUAUAUAUAUAUAUAUAUAUAUAUAUAUAUAUAUAUAUAUAUAUAUAUAUAUAUAUAUAUAUAUAUAUAUAAAAGAUAUAUAUAAGAUAUAUAGACAAGUUUAAAAAGACAAAUGAAUGAAUUAAGAGCACUCUUGCUGUAAGGGUAAGCCCCCUUACAUAUUUUUUCCUGAUGUACAUUUUCUACAGAUACUUAAUUGUGAUAAGGGUUUUUAUGUAUUUUUUGGAUAAAAGCAGUGUGUGUGGUUUCUGUGGUGUUCACGUGGCUUGGAAUAUAAAGCAAUGCAAUGUAUGCUGUAAUGAUGUGUGUGAUCUUACCCAAAACACUUAAAAACUUAAAAGCCUGAUGAACUUGAAUCGCCUGUGUGUAUAGUGAUGCAAAAGCAGAUAGCAGUGGGUAUGUGCCUGGGUUCAGGGAGGUACCUAAACCCUGUGUAAUCACUGGAAGAAAAGCGGUAGUGGGUUAUGUCAUGAGACAGAAGAAUUUAUGUAGUAGUGGGUUAUGUCAUGAGACAGAAGAAAAAGAGUUUUUGCCCUUAUGAGUCACCAGCACAGGGACUAUUCGAAAAGUCUGUAAGUCCCUUUGUAGACAGCACUGUGUUUCUGUGUCCAGUUACAUCUGGAUUCUCACGUUUAAACACCUGCGUGUGUGUGUGUGUGUGUGUGUGUGUGUGUGUGUGUGUGUGUGUGUGUGUGUGUGUGUGUGUGUGUGUGUGUGUGUGUGAGAGAGAGAGAGAGAGAGAGAGAGAGAGAGAGAGAGAGAGAGAGAGAGAGAGUGUAAGAGAGCAUGUGUGUGUGUGUGUGUGUGUGUGUGUGUUAGAUUAGGGAUCAUAUUCUUUACAGCAUCUCUAAAUUAAAAAUGAAUUCUAGUGUUCAAACUUCGUACAAAUCUCCUAUUUUUAAACACGAUUAUAUUAGCUUGCUUUGUUAAUGUUAGCUGUGUUGGGCAGUUCUGUAUCCUCACAUGCUUAAACUCUUUUUGUUGUUCUUUUGUUUUAUUUUUAUAAAUACAGCGGCACUUUUAUUAGCCCAAAAUAAUAUGGUAUCAGUGUCUCAUAUGAUCCCUCAUGACAAAAAAAAAUCAGUUGUUUUUAAAAAGGCUGAGAAUGCUUCACAAUGUGUGGAAGGAAGAAGCCCCCUUUUGUCUGUUUGUGUGUCUUUCUGCCUUUACAAUUGUUUUAUUGUGAGCACUGAGGUUUGUCCAAUCUUGGACUGUAUUGUUUAUGCUGAAAGAUUCUGACCAAAAGUUGUCACUCUGUAGUUCUCCUCUGGUGUUUAUUGCUGUAUUGUACAGUUGUUUUUUUUUUUUUUGAUGAUUAUGAGUAUAAAACACUGGAUGUAUUAGAGUAAAAAUAUUAGACUAAGUGAUCAAAUCAGAGAAAAUAUUUUAUACUGCAAUAUUUACUUUGAGCAUAUGUAUGAACAUAUUGUUAUUCAGUCAGUCUUUCAGUAAAUCAGUACCACUUAUUGAAUCAGCUCAGUAACAGUUUUUGUUGUCAUGUACUGAUUUCAAUGCCUUUUUUACUGUUAAUUUUUAUUAUUAUUUUUUUUUAUCUUUUAUCAUCCUGAUAUUUUUAUUUUACAUUUAGGAAGGAUAUGUAGGAGGGAUAUCAGGUUUAUUGCUUUACAGUCUUAUUAGCAGAGGGAAUCAUAUUUUCAACUUAUUUUGUAUUGUAGCACAUACACUGUACUUUUUACUGCUGAGCAAUAAAAGAAAAAAUGGUU